GGUAGCCGGGACCCGGGAGACCAAGGCCGGCAUGGAAAGGAACCCCGAGGAUGGCACAGGCCCUGUGCACGUGCCUUUUGGGCACAUUGUUGCCAAUGAGAAAUGGCGUGGGUCGCAGCUGGCACAGGACAUGCAAGGGAAAAUUAAGCUUGUUUUUGAGGAUGGCCUGGCACCAGUAGAUUUUUACUUGUCUACCAGAUGCUGCAUUCUUUAUGUCAAGGAAGCCGAUUUGGUGGCAGGAAAUAGCUACCGAAAGAGGCUUGUUCGCGUUAGAAAUUCUAGUAAUCUUCAAGGAAUAGUAAUAGUUGAAAAAACACAGAUGAGUGAACAGUACUUCCCAGCCAUACAGAAGUUUACUGUGCUGGACCUCGGGAUGGUGUUGCUUCCAGUGGCCAACCAGGUGGAAGCGUCCUGCCUCAUUAUCCAGUUAGUUCUAGAGCAAACCAAAGAGCCCAAUAAGAACCCUUUUCUCAGGAAGAAACAGGCUCUCAUCCCUGAGCCAUCCCUGCUUCGAACUGUGCAACAGAUCCCAGGAGUCGGAAAAGUUAAAGCUUCCCUUCUGCUUCAGAAGUUCCCAAGUAUCCAGCAACUAAGUAAUGCAUCCAUUCAGGAACUGGAGCAGGUCAUUGGGCGUGCAGCGGCACAGCAAAUGCAUGCGUUCUUCACACAGUCCAGGUGACAGCUCUUCUCAUAGCCUUUACUGCGUUUUCUCCUUUAGACCACGAACACAGGAUCUUGUUUCCUUUUUAUAUUUAAAAAUCAAGAAAAAUGAUUUCCUGUCACAGCAGCUAGUGGAAGAUGAUUCGAGGCCUGAAUGGAAUCUGACAGUUGUCCUCCCCUGCUUGUGGGGGUGUGGAGGGGGGCAGGCAUUUAAGUUGGUGGGCCCAGGUGGUGCUGCCCUGACUCUGCUGCCAUGAAGAAGGCCAGUGGGGAGCUUCCUAAGAGAGUCACUUGAAUUAGGGACUCUCAGAUUCAGCAAAAAGCCAGCUUGGGUGGAUGUGAAUGUGUGACCUUGACCUGCAUCUAUCAUGGGAAGGUCUUACUGAGUUUCAGGUGGUUGAUAUGACCUUUUAAAGGAAACAAACCUACAAUGAAGCACUGUGUACCAUAAGCCCCUUGUUCCUGGCAGCAGAGCCACUGUUCUUCAGGUCUGGUUUUAAUAUACCUGUGCUUUGAGGGCUGCUGCCAGUGUAAAUAAACGUUGUACAGACUUCCUCCCUUGCUCACUUCCUUCACGGUAGCUGCAGUUUGCUCAUAAUCAUUGGGCACAUCUGAACAGAGAAAGCCUGGAGUAUAGAGUGCC